ACCAACAAGUGGUAUCAGAGCGAUAUUAAGGACAUUGAGAGGAGUCUACAGAAGUGUGAAGAACCUUCUAGACCCACCAUGGCCUGUGGGUGUGCGUAAGUGGUGUUCUAAAGGUUGGAUGUGUCUUCCGCUAAGGGGAAACUCUGCCGAAAUUUCGUGGACGCCGACACUUGUGAAUAUAUCGAGGGAGCUGAGUGUGGACAGCAAAGGGGAGCUGAAAUUCGUCAUUUUUCAAGGAGAAGAUGAAUGAGAGAGGAGGAGAUGCUAAUGGAAGAGGAGCUGUACCUGAGAAGACAAGGGACGAUGUGAAGCCGGUCCUUGACAAGAUCAAGGACACCUAUGCAAGGAUGGCAGCAGCGGGCAGCAGUGUAUCUCAGCUGCAGCAAUGCACCAAGAUCAUCUCGGUGUUGGACAACCCUUGGGACAACCUCAUCCCCACCCUUAACUCUCAGCAAGAUCAAUGGACACCUGAAGGCAAGCCGAAUGUGGUGCAUGCUGGGAGUGUGGUUGAGCAGAUUGAGGAAGAUGAGAUCGCUCACUGCUACUGGGCACCAAUCCCUGAGCCCAAGACUCGAGAGGAGGCCUUGAAUGGACCAAAUGGGGAGAAGUGGAAGACGAGUGAGGAUGAGGAGUUCGGUUAUGCUGCAAAUCAUACACGGCCUGACAUUGCAUUUGCUACAUCACGGUUGGCUAGUGUGGUCUCACGCCCUAGUCAUGAGCAGCAGGAAGCGGCCAAGAGGUUGGUUCGCUAUAUAGUAAAGACCCAUCAGCAGGCAGCAGAUAUUUUCACUAAGCGUCUGGCGGACGCGGAUCAUUGGAAGGGCAUGAAGCUUGCUGGGAUGAGUGUGCAUUGAGUAUGCAUGCUUGAGAUGUUGGUAUUUGUGAUGAUAGAUCUUGAGAAUAUCUUUCUAACGCAACAAGAAUCGCUUCGAUCGGAGCAAGAACGCGAAAGCUAUGAAGAUUCAAAGUUCAUGAGCUUGCGUUACAAUUGCGGCGGUUAGAAAGUGAAGUUGUGGGGUGACUCUAUAUGGAGUUGGGACCUUUGGGGUUGGGAAAUUUGUCACUCUACUGUAACAGCUGCAAAUUGGUUGGGAACAACCAAGCUAGGUUGGCAAGGGUGGCCAACUUGGAUGGAUUG